AUGCCAGCCACCCGCAAGUGCCAUGCGAGAGUGGCCAUCCAGCCAGGGCGGAUUGUGCCAGCUCAGCAUGUUUGGUCUCCGGUGCGCCGUUUCGGCCUAGGGUAUCCUCCACCGGCUCUGCAGUCGCCCUCCAGUCCGGAUCCUCCAGCAACGCCCUCCAGUCCAGACCCUCCAGAGUCGCCCUCCAGUCCGGAUCCUCCAGCAACGCCCUUCAGUCAAGAGCUUCUAGAGGUGCCCUUCAGUCCGGAGCUUCCAGAGGCGCCCACUACAAGGGUCCCCAGUCCGGCCCCCGCAAUGAGGGCCCCCAGGUCGUCUGAGGUUGUUGGACCGGCUGACCGAGUCGUUGCCUUAGCUGGUGAUGACAUCAUUCUACCAUGUUCCCUGAAACCCAAUGUCAGUGCUGAGGACAUGACAGUGGAGUGGACAAGAUUGAACCCGAAAGCAGCAAAUGUCCAUCUUUACCGUCAAGGUCGAGUCUCCAACGUGGAGCAGCAUACAUCCUACAAGGGAAGGACAUCAAUGUUUCAUGACGAACUGGAGAACGGCAUCGUCUCCUUAAAGUUGACCAGAGUUACUCUCUCUGAUGCUGGAAGAUACAGGUGCUUCCUUCCAACACUGAUCAGCCAGGUGAAGGAAACCUCCGUUCAACUCUUUGUUGGAGCUGUAUCUCAGCCAGUGGUCUCUAUUGAUGGGACAAAAGGCUGGGGGGUGGUACUGAAGUGUGAGUCUGGAGGCUGGUUUCCUGAACCUGAGAUGGAGUGGCUGGACAGUUCUGGAACCAUCCUCCCUGCUGAUGGACCUCCAGAGAGACACAGGGACUCAGAGGACCUCUACACUCUGAGACGACAUGUCACCGUGGACCAGACUGACACCAACAGGUUCACCUGUAGAGUUCAACAGCCGGAGAUCAACCACCUGAAGGAGACUGAGAUUCAUGUCCCAGAUGACGUGUUUCCUAAAUCACACGUAGGGUUGAUUAUUGGUCUAAUAGCAGCAGCUGUUGUAGUUCUUGCAGCUUCAGCUGGUGUCUACAAGUGGAGAAAACAUACAGUGAAGAAGCUGAGAGAAGAUUUUGAGGAACAAGAGGAGGUCAGCUCUUUCUCGGAAUAGGGAGCGUGUAGGUCACAAGAGAGAGGGAGUCAAGAAGAAGUAGACUUGGAAGGAUGAUCUGGAUGAGCUGGAGGAAGAGUUACCAUAUAUUACUAGAGAGAGACUAUAAAGCUGAGUUUGAUGUAUCAAAUACAUCAAACAUGUGGUUUCCAUGGUUUCCAUGUUU